ACUUUGUUUACAAUGAUGCCGACGGAUUAGUUUCGGGAGGAAAAAUACAUUUUUAAGCAAUUGCUUCGCGUACGUUCAUCGAUAAGGAAAACUCUACCUUACUCAGCAAUGGUGAAUGUUAUGAAAGGCGUGCUAGUUGAGUGUGAUCCUGCUAUGAAACAGUUCCUGCUACACCUGGACGAAACGCAAUCACUCGGGAAAAAGUUCAUCAUCCAAGAUUUGGACGAAAAGCACCUCUUCAUUUCGGUCGAAAUCGUCGAAGUACUGCAGGCCCGCGUUGACGAUUUGAUGGAUCGCAUCAGUUUUCCGCUGCACGAGAAGGACGCUUAA